AUGCACAACUUUCCUGUGCCGCCGUUAAGGUCGAGCAGUGUAAAUGAGGAUGGGAGAGUAAGGAUUACUGUAUUUAAAGGUUAUAAUUUUUUGAGGCAUUAUUUUUGACUGAAAACAUCGUCUGGUAAUAUAUCUGCAAAGUUGGGCUGAGAAAUGUGGGAACGGGGUUGAUGCCAGCCUGCAAAUUAACCUACUUUCCGGCCCAUAAACCUCAAAAUAAUGCUCCGAAACUUGCAGAAAUGGCGAGAACCAAUCGGAGUGAUCCUGGCUGUUCUCCUGGGCGCAGCCGUUCUUUUCUCUGUAAUUUGUCUAUUCGUUUAUGCCAGAAGGGAUUCGAAUUUGUAUGAAGAAUUGGUGGAUUAUUUGGAUAAAACCGUUAGCAUCAGCAAAAUUAACUUUAAUCCCGCGUUGGGAACAUACGAAAUUAAAGAUCGUGAAGUUCAGACAUUGUCAGAAUCUAGAAAGGUAAGAGCCACCAAUCCCAUAUGACAAUCUCCUUUCAGUAUAAAACAUUGAUCUACCUCUUCUUGGGUUGUGAUGCGGCUACUUUGUUCUUUGUUAGCGUCUCCAUUAUGUUGUUCUAUACAGCGGAUGUAGAGAAAGGGACCCUUCAUUUUGUGUUUUGGUUGUUUUUGAUAGUUGGAUGCGUUUAUUCGAUCCUGGAGGCCUCUGCCUUCAGUUUCUUUCUGUUUCCAUUCAGUGCCAAACUUCCAAAUGCGACCGAAGCCUUGUUAGAUCAUGCUGUUCCCCACAAUCCAGGAGGUCUGCUGCAGAUGGAACAUCGCCUUGGAUGCACUUUUGAGCAGAAUCUUUAUCAGACGUUCCAAAGGAAACAGAAUCCCAGGGUAAGUUACAGCAAGAAUGGUUGAAUGGGACUCCGUAAAAUUCAGCUUUAAUGAAUACCUAUUUCAGAACACCUGUGAUCCAGCUGUUGUCUCCACCUUCAUUCCACAACCGCUGCUUGUUUCUUUUGUUAUUCUUCGAGUAGCAGCUCUCCUUACAUUCAUCAUCUUGGCUGCGUGUAGAAGACCAAUUGGAGAACCCGUAGCAAAUCUGAUCAACAAAACGAAACCGAAAGAAGGAUACAAGGCCAAGUGAGUCUGCUGAAGAACUGCUACACUCGAUCUCAUACAAAAAUUAUAUUUUUUGCUCUAGGUACAUCAAAAACAAAAAGUCAUCGUCAAAGAUCGAUAGCCUUCACACGCCGAAAUCGACAACUUUUGGAACAGGAAAGCUGUAAGUGAAUUUAUUAUCUCUUUGUAUACUUUACAGAACUCCACAGAUCUCAUCUCCGGUCUCAAAUACGUCUGUUGUUGACCACAACAUCAGGUAUACAAAAGCUACCUCUUCUUUGCUUGCUAAUCUUUUCUAUCGCUGCUUUCCCUACAAUAUGCAUAUAACACGCUUAUCCGCUGAUCCGUUUGCUAAAGCGUUGCUUUAAUCUUUCAUUUUUUGUAUAAUUUGAACCUUUUUAGCUAUAAUAAUGCGGCUUACUUUGCGGUAGCCCAUGCUACAGUUCCAAUUGGGUCUUCAAGGAGUAGCGAUAUUUCCAAAAGCGACGCCGGUGAUCUCUACAAAACGUAGGUUCUCAUUUUCCCACGUGUUUAUCCAAUAUUUUCAAUGGAAUCGUUUUUUUUUCAGAGGAAGUAUCCAUACUCAAAACAGUCUAGUUUCCGAAGUCUGA